UUUUGCAGCAAAAAUGGAUAAUGUUCUAAACAUCAAAAACGAGGAGGACUGGAAAUUUGUGCUCCCCACGUUUGGACCAGCUGCCGGAAUCACACUUCUCGUUGCUGCCGUCUCCUUCUCCUGUCUGGGAUAUCAUUUCUACCGAAAACGCCAAGCCGCCAUCGAGGAGUCCAAACGUCAGGGAGCUGAAAACCGACAGAUUCACGAGAACAUGCGAAGAGAGCGAGAAGCCAGCAUGUCGCCACAGGACAUGCCUAUUGAGAUGCAAAAUUUCUAAUUGUCACUUUUUUUGAAUUCUAAUCUUGAAAUAUAAUCUUGAUCUCAAAAUUCUUUGUUCACAAAUACUUCUUAAGUUGUGUAUGAUGUAAAUUUGAUUGAUUUUUGAAAU